UUCUGUUCUAUUUGCCUGUUGCGGUAUGCAGAAGGGUGAAUUUUCAUAAAUUUUAAGAAACAAAUCUUAAACUGGCUUUGCCUUUGACAUAUACACGCUGUUGUUCUUGUUCAAGAACGGUUAUAUUGUGAUUUAGUUUAUUUCAAACUGCGGUAUUAAUAUUUUAAAAGUAGGUUAGUAGGGUUAGAAUAAUUGUACUCAAGAUGGCAAAUCCUUUCCUCGGUGCAAAUGUCUCAAUUAAAUGUUUUGAUGGACUUGGUGUGUAUCAAGGUUCAGUUUUAGAUGUUAAUUCUGAGAAUCAAUCCAUUUGUUUAGGAAAGCCGUUUAAAAAUGGUUUUGCCUGCACUGAGCCUCAAAUUGUAUUAAGUGCUCACAUCAUCGAGAGUAUCAAGAUAGUCGAGAAUAUAGACGAGCCAGAUGCCUCAGUCGCCAGUACAAUUGUAGUUCCCAAACCUGUGCCCAAACGCGCACACAGGCCUGUGAGUGAAAACAUCGCUCAUUUCAAACCAAACGUAAACACAACACCGAACAAGCAGUUUGCUAAACCUGCGCCUAAAUUGAGUGAAUCUCCCAGGAAAGCUUUGAAUGAUGCUGAUACAUUUCAAAGUGCCUUGUUUGCCAACAGCAACAAGAAAAACCCUCGGCACAAAUGGACGGAAAGAGACGAGGCUUGCUUUGGCGAAUCGAUAAAACCUCAUCAAAUGAUGAAAGAAUUUGACUUUGAGAAAAACCUAGCGUUGUUCAACAAAAAGGCCGUCUUUGAGGAGAUAAACGCCAAUCAGAGGCCAGAUGUUGUGAAACAGACUGACCGACCUAACCGCAACUAUAAAAUUGAAGAGGUCCAGUCUCGCUUCCGUCAGAUCGCUGUUCCUCAGACGUACUACAAGGAGUAUAUCACUGAUGAGGGGAUGGUAGUGCCCAGCCUGACUCCCAGUUUACUCUCGCAGCUGUUGGUAGCCAUGGAGGAGGCGGAGCUAACGUUCCCUCGUCAGGCAGAGCUGAUGGGACGGGCUGUAGCGGAGGUGUCAAUACCCUUACUCGGCGGACCUCACAGAUUGAACCCUGUGAACAGCCAGCAGUGUCCGGUGGUGGUGGUACUAGCCGGUUCUCACAGGCCCGGCGCACUGGCUGUUAACAGCGCCAGGCAGCUGGCUACCCAGGGCGUGGACACCAUGGUGUUCCUCAGCCAUCCUACGCUGUAUGACGAGAACGUCAACAGGGAACUCAACCUGUACAGACUCACGGGGCAGAAAAUCACUGACAAUGUCAACGAGCUGCCAACCUCCAACGUAGACCUGGUGAUUGUGGGACUAGCGGAUGAGAGGACAGUUAAGAUACCCCGGCCCAUCGUCUCGUGGGCUAGUGAUAGCAAGAGUGUCAUGUUGGCUAUUGAGCCUCCGGGAUCCGGCACUCCGGGAAUUCCUGUCAAACACUCCCUGAUGUCCGGACUGCCGGUUGCACACUGCCAGGACAACGGCAACCUGUUCCUAGUCAACCUGGCAGUACCUCAGAUGGUCUUCACCCGAUUGAACAUCCGCUACCGAUCUCCAUUUGGCUCAAAAUUUGUGAUUCCUCUUCACCCAAAAGAAUGAAGACGUCCUUGGCCCUAAGGAGUCGGGCUUUAAAAUUUGACUUCAGUAUAGUUCAUACCACGAAUACUAGAAAAAACCCAGUAUGGAUCACAAACAUAAACAAAUGACGUUUUUGGCCCGAAUCCUAUACUAAUAGCGGUUUAGACAGUUCCAUUUAAACAAUUUUAAAUAAUGUUUUACUUUCGGGCCAAAAACGUCAUUUGUUUAUGUUUAUGAUCCAUACCGGAUCUUUUCUAGUAAUCGUGGGUCAUAUAGGCCUGAGAUAUAAGGCUAAAAUUUGACUACAACCUUACUAUGGUUGGAAAUUAAACUUCUUCGUAAGAAACUAAUAAUACUCUAAUUUUUUAGGUGAUGAUAUUUACACAAAAGGUUAUUUAUUGUAGUUUUGUGAGUCCAUAUGACAAUUUGUUUGAGAAAUAACAAGUCACUUGUACAUAAAUGGUUCUGUAAUGUUAAGUAGCAGCUUCGGAUGAAUAUUAAAUAAUAAACGUGGUAAAAAUGUAAUUCAAUCACUAUGUCUGAAUGUAACUGGCGUAUUUUAUCACAAAGUUUUAUUUUAUCUCGAAAAACAAUCAUUGUCUAUUUAAAAUGUGACUAAAAUUAUAUACAUAUAUAUUUUUAUUUUUUUAUUAAAUGUUGGUGCAUGUAAUACUUGUGGAGUUGUGUUAACUGGUUUGUAGAUAAAUUAUUUUGUGUAAAUUGUUUUUGUCUUAAGUGUUUGUAAUCAAGUAAAUAAUAUGGAUCUAAUAUACUAUAAGUUACACAUUUUGAAAGAGCUUCUAAACGUGCAGUUGAAAUAUUGUGGGAUAGUAAGCUAUUAACGCUCUAGGAGUUGAUCAAAAUGAUAUUCUGUUAUAUUCUGUAUAAACAUUUAACCAUGGGUAUAACGGAAGAACAGUCCAUUUAGAUGUUUUAGGAUGAAAAUAUUCCUUUGCAGCAAACCUGUUGACUAAGCGAAUUUUCAUUUGUCAGAGUAAGAUAAGAUAAAGGUUAGUCUUGAUAUUAAUUUUAAUUGGUGUGUCGGUGUGUGUAUGAAUAUAUUUUGGAUAACAAAUUGUAUAGAGUACAAAAUGUACCAUGGUACAAAUCUUUUUUAUAAAAAAAUUAAAAUGUUGAAGCAAGUUUGUAAAACAGCUGAUUGUGAUAACAAGUAGGGAAUUGUGAAACAAUACUUUUAUUUUUGAGUCGAUUUGUUAUGUUAUUUUGAAAAUGUUUUUGGGUUAUAUUUUGUUGUGUAAAAAAUUAUUUGUUUCGGUUGUAACUAUGUUAAGACUAGUUUUUGAGGUUGAUUAAGGUUAGGUGUUAGUGAAAAUAAUAUUGAAUAGUCCGAUCUCAACACAUUUAUAUCUACUGUAUAGCUUACUUUUAUAGUAUAAGAAAUUAAUUAUUUUUUUUACAAUUUAAAUAUUCCUGUAUUUCGGUAGUUUGUCCAUGUCCAGACUGCUUUAGAUUAGACCAACAAUAUUGUAAUUUUUAUGUCUAGCGAUAGCUUUAAGCAGAUAAACACUAAACAGACAGUUAACUAUUAUGGCAAUUAUAUAAAAUAUUUUUAAUAUAAUUGAUUGGAAUUCAUUGAGUUAUUCAUUCUCCAUAGCUGGAAAUUGAAUUCUGGUCAAAGUUUCAUUCUACAGUAGGUCCUUACAAAGGACAAUAAACAAUUGAAAUUUAUUCAGUUCUGCUAUUUUGAAAUGUUAAUGAAAGAAAAACUAUUUAAAAGUAAUCCCUUAUCACUACAAAGUGGGAAUUGGAUUUAAAUUAUUCCUAAAACUACAAUUUAUGAUCAGAACCUUUAGCUGUAAUAAAUUUCAAUUAUUUAAAAAGCAAUCAGAAUAGAUCAUGUUAAUUUAUUCAAAUGAUUGUAAAAUGGUUUAAAAAGAAAAAAAACAUGAAAACAAUUUAUUUGAUCAAGCUGGAAUUUAAUUUUGAGAGUUACUUAAAUCCUCUAAAGUAAAAAAACACUAAAUCAGCCAGUUUAUUUCUGAUCACAUUGACAGAAUAGGUUGAUGAAAACAAAUAGCUUGUCAUUGUUUGCUUAUUGACUUUAAGUACUCAGCUUAACACCCUUCUUACCUAAUCUACCACCUUUUUGUAUUUGUAUAGUAUGUAACAAAAUACUUUUCCCAAAAAUUUUAGUACAUAUUAUUAUUGAGUUAUAACAUUAUUU